CGGCCCUAAGUCGGUAUUGCGUGAGACUCAAACCAGUGCGUGGCAUAAUCGACACUACUCCCACCUAUUAUCUACCACAUCACAGGAUUUUGCGAAUAGAAAAAUGUCUAAAAACAUCGUCAUCGUUGGAGGUCAUGGGAACGUUUCACUUCGUCUUGCUCGGCUCCUUACUCCAAAUCAUAGUGUAACGUCGAUCAUCCGGAAUUCUGCUCAUGAAGAAGACAUCAUUGCGACCGGAGCCCGUCCUCUGCAGUUGUCACUCGAGACUUCUACCAUCUCCGAGUUCACCGACGCUUUCCGUGGAGUAGACGUCGUGUACUUUUCAGCUGGUGCUGGAGGCAGCGGUGGGGAGGAGCGCACCAAGAAGGUUGACUAUGAGGGGGCGAUAAAGGUUUUCGAUGCAAUCGAGGGACUAGACAGCACUGCGAGACCAAGGUUGAUAUUAGUGUCAGCAGUGGACGUUAGGGACCCUGAGAAAAUCCCCGAACACUAUACGGAAAAAGAUAUUGAAAUUUCCAAGCGUGUGCGUGGGGCUAUUCCAGCUUAUAUGCGCUGGAAAUAUGAGGCGGACAAGAACCUCGUACAACGUACAACCUUCAAAUGGUUCAUACUUCGACCUGGAGGUCUAACGAAUCAGCCCGGAAUUGGAAAGGGUGAUAUUGGGCGAACCCACAUCACUACGACGAUUUCAAGAGAUGAUGUAGCCAAGACGCUUGCGCUCUUGGUGAACAGGGAAGAUGCAGCCGGACUUGCACUGGAUUUGGUCGGUGGAGAGACUCCGUUGGAACAGGCUCUGGAUGCUGCGAUCAGCAAAGGAGAAACAGAUUUCUUGGGAUAAGGACGUUAUUUAAAAUUUGAAGAACGCCGAGACAAGACGGAAUAUGUAUCAGUAUCAUUGCAUCACUGCUGUACUACUUAUGAACUUCAGGUUAUACCGUGACUAUACAAAUGAACUCAGAGAAAC